ACUAAAUGGCAAAUUAAGUCAGAUUAUCAGGCUACCAAUAAUGUAAUUGAACACUUAAAGAUGUUCCACGGAAAUCCAUUAGUUGGCAGUAAAGUAGCACAUGUGAUUAAACGCAGAGGAAGACCAGUCAGCUGAUUAGAGCACAUCAGGUUCCGUUCUUGUGCUUGUGCUGGACUUCUGUCUAAACGCUGUUUAUCGGUCCUUUUACCCGACAGGUGCCGAUGACCCGGAUCUACCAACAACAAGUCGAUCACACGAGCCGUCUGCUUGAUAUUACGCCACUACUGGUGUUCAAUAGGUACGAGUGUGUCCGGAUUAAAGAGAUGGCUCUGCUAAUGGAGCACCAGUUCAGACAGAUGCCAGCUGACAGGCAGGUUGAAACAAGACCGUUUCUGGAGGCUGUGUCAUACCUUCCACCAUUCUUUGACUGCCUUGGCUCUACUAUCUUUGCCCCAUUAAAGGCAGAUCUAUCUGGUAACAUCACAAAAAUCAAGGCGGUUUACGAAACCAACCCAGGACGGUUCAAGACACUCCAGCAUAUUUUGGAGGCAGAGAAAGAAAUACAUGGAGCAGAAUGGCCCAGAGCUGGAGCAACAUUGGCACUAAUGUGGCUUAAAAGGGGUCUACGAUUUAUUCAAGUCUUCCUACAGAGCCUGGUGGACGGUGAAAAAGAUGAUAGCAACCCAAACCUCAUUCGAGUCAAUGUCACCAAAGCCUAUGAAAUAGCCCUUAAACGGUAUCAUGGCUGGUUUGUGCAACAGCUCUUCAAGGCAGCUCUUUUCGCUGCUCCAUAUAAGGCAGAUUUCAUGAAGGCGCUGUCCAAGGGACGGGAUGUCAAGGAAGAGGAAUGCUUGGAAAAAAUCAGAAAAUUCCUCAUCAACUUCACCGCCACUGUUGAUGCUAUUUAUGAGAUGUACAAUAAGCGGAAUGCUGAUCUUGAUUACACAGUGUGACUGCAAGACAUUAUGCUUUACUCCAGUGAUCCGCAUAGUUUACAUAGCAACUUACAUUCUGCUGUCUGCAAUCUGCAUCUGGACAUGGCUCCCUUCAGGUCAUCUCACUGUGGGAGUGUAUGCUCUGUAGCUACACGUCAAAUAUUUGCACACUUUUAAUCAUAUGUAUGUCUGUUCUGACUUUCUCGUUAGAGCUUUUCCUCAUCCUUGGUCGACUCUGAGGCUAGUUUCCUAAAGCAACUGAAGAUUUAAACGCAGUAUUUCUUUGUUUGCCAGAUAUUCAUUUGCAUGAUCAUAAGAUAAUUAUACCAAGAAUCAAAGUGCUACUCAACAAAUGUUCUUGAAAGCUUCAAGUAAGUGAGUGAGGUGUCUGAAGUUAACAGAUUUAAUGAGCCAAUGAAAUUUUGGGUUCUAUAUCCUACAUAAGAUAAUGGCUGCGUUUACUUGUUAUCAUACAAAAAAUGAAUAAUGACAAAACAAGAAUUCAAAAUGUGGUAUAUGGCUUCUAGUUUGAAGUAAAACUAUCAAAAUUCAAAGCACAUAAUUCACACGAUUUACAAACACUUGGAAAAGAGGUCAGGUGUUUUCAUCUUACACAACGAAUACUGUGUAGUCCAUGUAUUUGGUAAUCGAUUGUAGUUUUUAAUGAACAAUUUUAUUUCUAAGUUAUUACAUAGUCCUUAAUUAUUAAUGUAGCUAUACAAAAUGUACAAAACACAUGAAUAGAAUGUUUUUCGGCGUAAUUUUUGAAAAGCUCAUGAAGUACAAGAAGCUGUACAUACACUGUUGUAAAUGGCUUUAUAUAGUGUACAGCUGUUUGUGCCUUAAGCUGGAACUAUGGAGCAUUUAAGUAAGAAUGUCAGCUUUUUUGCCUUUAGUUCUUUAUAUUUUUAUACAUGUCCCUUUUUGUAAACCAGGCAG